CAUAGUGGAUUUUUAUCUGCAUUUUUAAUUUUAAAAUAUUAAACGUAUGCUGUAAAAUUUUUAAGAUCGUUUAGUUAAACAGGUAAUACGCAACAGAAAUAGAUUGGCCGAACAAUAAUUACGUUGUCAUAAAAUUUGUAAUUGUUAUUCUAUAAACUGUCAUAUUCGAAUAAAUAAAUCCAACUUAUUUGAAGAUUUGAUUUGAAGAUUCGGUCUUUGUUGGGUCUAUUUGCAUACGGAAACUGCGAAAUGGAAUUCGCUGACGAACAAAAAUGUUCGUUUGUUUACGACCCCUCUGUAAACUACACACUUCAAAGUGAUCCAAUAGACUGUGCUUCGCCAACUAUUAAAGAAGAGGUCAAAUCCCCUACAAUUGAGCUGCUUCCGGUAAAAUCUCGGCAAAGAUACGAAGCCGCCUACAACGAAUUUAUUAAAUGGCGCGCAACGAAAAACAUUGAAUCAUGUUUUUCCGAAGAUGUGCUAAUGGUAUAUUUCGGAGAGUUAGCCGAAAAAAUGAAAUCAUCUACCUUAUGGGCCCAAUACUCCAUGCUUCGUAGCACCAUGGCGAUAAACCAUAACGUUGACAUGUCCACCUUUACGAAGUUGAAAGCGCUACUGCAAAGAAAAUCUCAGGGUUACCGACCUAAAAAGUCGAAAAUACUAACCCCUGAGGAUAUUAAUAAAUUUGUUGAUGCAGCACCAAAUGACAAAUACUUGUUCGUUAAGAUCGCUUUGGUUGUGGGAGUGACUGGUGCUUGUCGUAAGCAAGAACUGGUUCAAUUAAAAAUAGACGACAUCACUGAUUUGGGGACUGCUGCUCUUUUUAAUAUACAGGACAUAAGAACUAACAAACCACGUUUAUUCACAAUUGCGGGAGAAUUCUACGAAGUUUAUAAACACUACGCAGCUUUGAGACCUGCAAAUAUGACCGAACGCCGGUUCUUCCUAAACUAUCAAAACGGAAAAUGCACCAAGCAACCCGUGGGAAUAAACAAAAUCGGAAGUAUUCCUAAGCAAGUGGCCACGUUUCUAAAAUUAAACAACCCUGAACUGUACACCGGCCACUGCUUUCGUAGAUCUUCUGCGACUAUACCUAUAGAAUCAUCGUGCUCGAGGUUGUCUCCAACUGUUUUGACAACGUUGGCCUCCCAAUUCACGGCAGCGCCUAACCCAUCAAGUUGACCCAUCAUUUCAAUAACGUCAAUAUCCAAUCUUCAAUGAACAGUUCUAUAUACGGCUCGAUCAGUUUUAUCAAUUUAUAAUCCUCGACUCCGUUUCAAUUCUUGUAAUAUACCUAUAUACAGAUAUCACAUGAUUAUGUAAUAUCUUGUGUGGUACGCUUGAUUGUUAUUGGUUAUUGCAUUAUUGAAUUAGGUAGUUGGACUCUUGACUUUUUGUUUUUCUCAUUACAUAAUCAAUUGUAAUCUAUAAUAGUACUGAAAAAGUGAUCACUAGUUUUUCUGAACGAUAUAUUGAGCGAAAUUUCUAAUUGGCAGCAUACUUAUAUGUUAUUCUCAAUAGCCGAAAUCGGACAGUGUCCGAAAUUUAUACCCAUUACGCGUUGUGAGCAGUUCAGUUUACCCACAAAGCGAUAUGAGUCUAGUUUCCGAAGAAUGGGUUAAAAAAUUUAACCAAAACGCGUGUACAUUUUUUACGUCUGUUAAUAGUAGUCCAACAGAAAAGUUCAUGUCUCUAGCGGGAUUUUCUUAAUUUUCCCAGCAACGAUACAAUUUUCCCAUGCCUAUGCCUUUUUAACUCAUAUAAACUUUCAUAGUUUACCUACUUUGUUAUUUAAACUAUACUUCUAAUGCAGUUUAUAAGAGUGGGUAUUGUUAUAAUAAUUUAUAAGUGACGUAUAUAUGUUUUGUGCAUAGUUUUGUAGAGAUCUCGGGUAUAUAGAUUCGUGUUAUUGAUGUAAUUACCUAAUAGUUUUAAAAUUUUCUUGUAUAGGGGCAGUAACAUGUUACGUACCAAAAAGGGAAAAAAGUGUCAAUCAAAUGAGCCUAAUAAAAAGAUACAUUUAUUUUAAAAAAAUCAAUUGUUUUUCGUUACUCGUUACGAAAAGUAGUUUUCUUUAUUGAGAUAUAAAUGAAUGGGCCUGUAUUUAAUUGACCACGGAUGCCGUAAUGUAAGCAGGAAAGCACAGAUACAAGUUAUACUUGGGGAUUCAUAGGUGCAAAUAGUUAAAAAGUUGCAAAAAAACGUAAUCAAAUUCUUGUAUGUACGCGUGUAAACAUAUUUUAUCUCCCAAUAUUGGUGGUGUCUCGGGCAAAAAUGCUCAAAUUUAAUAUCAAAUUCUGAUUGUACAGUUAGCGACAUGAAAUUCUACUGAAUGACAAAAAAACGGCCCUUUGGUAUAUAAUAUCCGAGCCCAUAACUAAGUAUAUGUGUAUGAUAGCAAUGGAAAAAAUCGUGUUUAUAAUAAAGAAUUCAGCCUAAAGCUAUUUGAAUAUACACGCGACACGAGACGAUAAAAGCACUUAACGUCAGAGCGAAAUUGAAUGAAGAACCGAGAAUGUGACAUCAUUUCCAAUACCUAUAGUAGUAGAAUGGAAAUGGUACAUAAGCGAAAACUCUUGGAUUUAAAAAAAUGUGCAGGUAUUGUAUGUUUCUAUAGUGUUUUACUGCUAUUUCAAUUUGAGUAAUGCAGACCGGCACCACAUAAUAAAGAGUAGUACGCUACGCUCCUUAUUCUGUGCCGGCACCACAUUUCAUGCGCCCGUAAGUAUUCCGUGUUUAGAUAUGCACUGUUCGAGUAGAUUAAAUAAUAACAAUAAGCAAGAAAAAUGAACGAUUUACGGUUAAAAACUGUCAUAUUUGCCCUGGUAUUUGCUUAAUUGUGCAUUUUUCGCGAUUCACUAUAUGGGAUUGCUAAAUUAAAAGUCGAAGGCUAAAUGAAACCAUAUUUGGACAACCUAUAUCUUUUAGUUUUUAUAGUAAUUGAAUAAAAUUCAAUUUUGCCAGUUGUUAAAAUGAAUGUGAUAAACAAGUUAAUAAUAAGCGCUUCAUUUCAACACACGUAACACGUAACACUAAAUAUUUCAGAGAAAAUAGCACGUCUUACAAUAUAAAUUUUUGUUUUGUUAGAUACAUAACUACAUCAGGUAGUAGUGUGGUAGUGUAGGUAAAUUAAU